UAAGGUAGGCAGACUAAUCCCAUUGCUUUCACAGAAGACUCGCCGCUGCAAAAUCAGCUGUCUUCCUCUCCUCAACCAUUUCCUCAAUGUAUUGUACACCAAACCCAGCAAUGAAUUCUUUGCCCUUGCCUAAAGUUGGCGGCCUCAUUUCCUUCCCAUCAUCUCAUUUUGCCACUCCAAAAUCCCGAUAUUUCUCACUUGCUUGUGUACCUGAUAACCUUUCUUUCUCACUUUCUUCCUCCUCUCUCCCCUUCCUUCUAUCUCCUUGGAUGGAGAAACGCAAACCCCAUUUUCGAUCUCUGGUGUAUGCCAUAACCCCCCAACAAGAGGAUGACACUAUCCUUGACCAAGAUGAAGACGAAGGCAAAGCUUUCAGUUUUGAAGGAGACAAAGAAGGGCUUUUGGAGGUUGUUGCUGAGGAAGGGUCUGCAAUGCAUUCUGAAUAUCAUGUAUCCCAAGGGGAGGCUCUGAGAGUCGAGAAAUGGGAAGUGGAUAGGUUUCAGGAUGAGGUUGCUGCUAGCCAGGGUAUAAGGAUUCGGAGAAGGCCAUCUACUGGACCACCUUUGCAUCAUGUUGGCCCUUCCGAGUUUAGGCCAGAGAAUGAAGGGAACACUUCUCGGAACAUACUACAAGAGAUUGUAUGGCAAAAGGAUAAGGAAGUUUACGAGUUGAAGGAAAGAAAGCCUCUUGGUCUAUUGAAAAGAGUACUUGACAAAGCUCUACCGACUAGAGAUUUUGUUGGUGCUCUUAAAGAAUCAUAUUCUAGAACUGGAGUGCCUGGUUUGAUUGCUGAAGUAAAGAAGGCUUCCCCAAGCAGAGGGGUAUUAAGAGAAGAUUUUGAUCCUGUUGAAAUUGCCAAAGCUUAUGAGAAAGGUGGAGCAACAUGCCUGAGUGUCUUAACUGAUGAGAAGUUUUUUAUGGGAAGCUUUGAAAACCUUGAGGCCAUAAGAAAUUCGGGAGUAAUGUGUCCAUUACUAUGCAAAGAGUUUAUUAUUGACGCAUGGCAAAUUUACUAUGCUCGAACCAAAGGGGCUGAUGCAGUUCUUCUAAUUGCUGCCAUAUUACCCGAUCUUGAUAUAAAGUAUAUGGUUAAGAUCUGCAAAUUGCUUGGGCUGGCUGCACUUGUUGAGGUACAUGAUGAGAGGGAGAUGGACCGUGUGCUUGGAAUAGAUGGGAUUAAACUGAUUGGCAUCAAUAACAGAGAUCUAGAAACUUUCAAAGUUGAUAUUAGCAACACAAAGAAACUCCUGCAAGGGGAACGUGGGGAAAUUAUCCGCGAAAAGGGCAUAAUUGUUGUCGGGGAGUCUGGACUGUUUACACCGGCUGAUAUUGCCUAUGUACAAGAAGCUGGCGUUAGAGCAGUCUUGGUGGGGGAGUCGAUUGUGAAACAGCGAGACCCUGCGCAAGGAAUUGUAGAGUUAUUUGGAAGAGAGAUUUCCUAUUGAGGUUUGAAUGAACCCUGCACUGGACCAAUGUUGUGAUGUCCAGUGGUUCUUAUACGAAUUGGUGGCUCUAACUAGCGGCUUAACAUCUUUAAAAGCUCCCCUAAUACCGGUUAGUUAGUUAUAUCUCGGUGAGUUGCCGAUAGAAAGAAUUUGCUAUGUGUCUGGUGUUGGACAAGAUAUUUUUAUCAAAUAAAAUACACGAACUAUAUUUUGAUAUAUUUCUUUAGUACAUUUUGAUUAUUAUGAGG